UAGCCACUUUUGUCAAGUAUGCUGAUGACCUCUCUGUCUCUAUGCCUGUCAACUCUCAGUCAGAUUGUUCCAAAUUAAAUAACUUUCUGUCGGAAAUUAGUCAGUGGUCCUCUUCAAACGGUCUUAAGCUGAAUCCGUCUAAAUGUCAGGUAGUAAAUUUCACUUUCAGACGAAAACGUGACCUACAACAACUAGCUAGCUCACAUGGUCCCACUAUCAUUGACGGCAUAGAGGUUGAAAUAACAUCGUCAACUGAAAGCAUCAUUGAUGGCAGUGAAGGAUGAUGAUAAAUGGAGCGAUAAAUUACCUCUUGUACUUCUUGGAAUACGUUCGACAAUAAAACAAGAUAUCGAAUGUUGUCCAGCAGAAUUAGUUUAUGGAACUACUUUACGACUGCCUGGAGAAUAUUUCAACCCAGCCACUGAAGUUCCAAUCGACGAAACUACUUUUGCACAACAACUGAGACAACAUAUGAGCCUUUUAAGAUAUCAUCCUCCGCGACAUCAGCUCAACCAAGCAUACAUGCCUCGAAAACUAGACGAUUGCACUCACGUUUUCAUACGACACGACGGUGUAAGGAAACCACUUCAACCACCUUAUGACGGACCAUUUAAAGUAAUAAGCAGAACAAACAAAAUCAUCACUGUUGAACGCGGAGGAAAACACGAGAAUGUAAGCAUCGAUCGCGUAAAACCAGCUUUCAUGGAAAUAGAGGUGACUGAAUGUUUACCCAAAUCAACAUCACCUAAAUUUGAGCCAAAAAAUGAGUCCUGCUCUCAAGAUUCAAAAUCUGAUGAUAUUCCGGCUAACAAAACAGAAAGAAUCACAAGAUCAGGCAGACGAGUACAUUGGCCACAAAGAUUUGUACAGACAAUUCAUUUCUAAUUCAUUUCCAUACUUGCUUAUUACUGUACUAUUAACUGUAUGUAAGAUAUAAAUCUAUUCUGUAGCUCUUUACAAUAACAACCUCAUUAUUAUUCUAAUAAUUUUUCUGGUUUCAUUGUUACAUUUUGCACAACUUUCUAAACAUUUUGGUUCGUUUCAAAGUUGUUAACAUUUUCGAACAUAUACAGUCAAAUUAUCAAACCUCAGAAAACUUAAAAUCCUCAAUUCGGUUUUCAUACCAGAAACUCGUAUAUAUUUCUCCUGUUAUUGUAAUUUACAAUAUCAUUCCGAAUACAGGUAAACUUCAUUUACCUGCAUUCUACGGAGGGGCUAUUGUAGUGACCCAUUUUAUUACUCAUCAUCGCAGUAUACUUUCACUAUGUAAUUGGACUUUGAUUUGUUUAUCACUCUAAAGAUUGCGUGUUAACAAUUGAUACUUUUGUACUCGCUCAACUUUUGAAUUUUGAUUACUGCGAUAAUACACGAUCGUAUUCCUUCACAAGUGCCUUUUGAUUUACGUUGUGGAUGUCGAGUAAUCACAACGUUAGGACACAAUGAUAAACGCGAAGAAGUACUAGGAUAUACGUGUACGCUAGUUUGGUG